GCCGUUCCGAGCCCACGUCAGGGGAGCUGUCGGGAUAAAUAGGAUCCCGCAAUGGCCGGGGCUGGCUGCGCUCGGAGCUGCCGCGUCCCGGACUGGAGCUGCCCGGGCGAGGUCGCGCCCCGGAGGCAGAGGGCUGGCGCUACUCGUGCUCCGAGCGCCGGACGGCGGAUAUCCCCGGCCCGCCCCCGCGGCCCCGCACUGCUGCCCACGGGGGUUUGCAGAGAGAACCUCUCCUGCGCCCUAAAGGACUUCCUCCUCGAAGGGAGAGCGGAAGACGAGGGGGUCAGGAAGACAAGGGCCCUUUCUGCCUGUCGGGGUGGCGGCGCGGGAGGGCAGGGCCAUGCUCCUCUCGGUCCUGGCGGCGCUGUGCCUGUGGCUGCGCCUGGCGCUGGGCGUGCGCGGCGCGCCCUGCGAGGCGGUGCGCAUCCCCAUGUGCCGGCACAUGCCCUGGAACAUCACGCGGAUGCCCAACCACCUGCACCACAGCACGCAGGAGAACGCCAUCCUGGCCAUCGAGCAGUACGAGGAGCUGGUGGACGUGAACUGCAGCGCCGUGCUGCGCUUCUUCCUCUGCGCCAUGUACGCGCCCAUCUGCACCCUGGAGUUCCUGCACGACCCCAUCAAGCCGUGCAAGUCCGUGUGCCAGCGCGCGCGCGACGACUGCGAGCCCCUCAUGAAGAUGUACAAUCACAGCUGGCCCGAGAGCCUGGCCUGCGACGAGCUGCCCGUCUAUGACCGCGGCGUGUGCAUCUCGCCAGAGGCCAUCGUCACCGACCUCCCGGAGGACGUUAAGUGGAUAGACAUCACACCAGACAUGAUGGUGCAGGAAAGGCCUCUGGACGUUGACUGUAAAAGCCUAAGCCCUGACCGGUGCAAGUGCAAAAAGGUGAAGCCAACCCUGGCGACAUAUCUGAGCAAAAACUACAGCUAUGUCAUUCAUGCUAAAAUUAAAGCUGUGCAGAGGAGCGGCUGUAAUGAAGUGACGACAGUAGUGGAUGUGAAAGAGAUCUUCAAGUCCUUGUCACCCAUCCCUCGCACUCAAGUCCCUCUCAUUACAAAUUCUUCCUGCCAGUGUCCUCACAUCCUACCCCAUCAAGACGUUCUCAUCAUGUGUUACGAGUGGCGCUCAAGAAUGAUGCUUCUUGAAAAUUGUUUAGUUGAAAAAUGGAGAGAUCAACUUAGUAAAAGAUCCAUACAGUGGGAAGAGAGGCUGCAGGAACAGCAAAGGACAGUCCAGGACAAGAAGCAACCAGCCGGGCGUACCAGUCGCAGUAAUCCCCCAAAACCCAAGGGGAAGCCGCCUGCCCCCAAACCAGCCAGCCCCAAGAAGACCAUCAAAGCCAGGAGCACCCAAAAGAGAACAAACCCCAAAAGGGUGUGAGCUGACUGCUUCCCAGGAUGGAGACUUACUCUGAGGGAGGGCUGGGCAUGGGCCAGCCAGCCUGUGGAAGGCCGCACACCGCUUGUCUUAACAAUGCAAUACUCAUCACAGACACAUCUUGCAGCAUUUUUCUAAAUGAUAUGCUUCAAUUUUUCUCUUUAAGCCACUGCAAGCCACAGUGGUAGGUAUGUCCUUUGGCAUGGAAGGCAUCUGAAAGCUGGUGGAAAGGGCUUGCUGUGUGCAUCCUUUGUGGGCUCGCCAUGUGGGGAAAAAAUGCUUUUGUUCUUACAGUUUGACCCAAUAUGUGCAUUGUGAAAUAAAUGCCAUAUUAUAAACAAAA